CGCCUACUAUACAAUCGUUGGAAAAGAGUGGGACAAAAAACCUCCUGAAACUUCUAUGGAUUUCCGCCUUACAUUGCCUUUAAAAGAUCGUGCAAUGUUUGCUAAUUUAUUGCACGAGUUUUGACAGUUGAAGUUGGUUGCAAUAAAAGUACUCCAAGAUGACGUCUUUAGUACCUUUGUUUUUGGUGUUCCUGAUUUCCGUGGUAGUAUCGGGGUGGGAUAACGAUUUCGAUGAGCCACUCGACGUCCAAUGUCCUUCAUACCUGUUCGCCUUUAGUCGUUUUAAAUCAACACAUAACAACAAAAAAGAAGACAGGCGCUUCGACUUUAUGUGCAGACAAGUUCCGGCCGCCAAUAGUUCAGUGACCUGCGGUUGGUCUGACUAUGUCAAUGAUUAUGAUGCCGUGGUCUUCUACACCUGUCCAAACCAAGGCUAUAUAAAUGGCAUGCAUAGUGUUCACAACAAUCAUCAUGAAGACAGAAGAUUCAAGUUCAGGUGUUGUUCCCCUCCAUUAGGACUUGACCUCAGAAACUGCCACUGGACCGGUUAUGUGAACGACUGGGAUUCCGAUGUCGACUACCAAGUCCCAUAUGGUUACGUCAUCAGAGGUGUGUUCAGCAUUCACGACAACCACAAGGAGGACAGACGAUUUAAGUUUGGAAUUUGCCAAUCUGUCUAGCUCUGAAGCAAAAUCUACCCAGGUCCAGAUACAUUACUUUGGUGCAAUAUGUUUUGUCAUAAUAAAAGUCAUAGCUAUGGAAA